AUGAGUGAAGAUCAUGGAAGUGAUGUUAAUAAGAAAAGGUCACGAAAAAAACGUAAGAACUUUCUUGCAAAUGCCAAGAAGUAUGCCAAAAAAGGACAAAUGGGACGUGGUACUAAGAUCCCUGAGGAGUUAUACCAAUAUUUUGUGGGAAUCUUAGAUGUGAUGAAACAAGGCAUUGAGAAUGAAGAAGAGAGAUGUGCCUUAGUUAACAAUGUUUUAGAACGGACAAAAGAUGAAGAGUUAAACGUAAUUGGUAACCAGCUUGGUUGCCGUGUGGUAGAAUUACUCUUACCGUUUGCUUCAGCUGAUGAUUUGGAACGAUAUAUAGAUGUACUAUCACCGGAUUUACGUAAACUUUGUUCAGAUAACUUUACAAGCCAUGUGGUAGAGACACUACUUAGAGUAGCGUGUGAUAGAGCUACAUUACAUUUACAAACCCAAGAAAGCAGUCAGUCAGAUUCUGAGGAAAUUCCAAAAAAGAAGAUUAAAAAGGAUUCAAAAAAAGAAGAGUCAAAAUAUGAAGAAGAACAUGUACAAAAAUGCCACGAAUUCACAAUAAAAAUAUCAAAAUAUGCAUUAAAUAAUCUGGAAGAUUUUGUGUGGGAUCAAUACGCAAACCAUAUACUCCGUAGUGUACUGAAAUGCCUUAGCGGUAUCACAUUAUUACCUGGAGAGAAGCCAAAGGUUAAUAUUUUUAAAACAACCGUCGAUGACGGCAAAGGUAUACCUCCACAUCUUACCAUUAUGACAUAUAAGAUUAUUCCAGAUGAGUUUAAAGAAAUUGUUAAAGAGUUUGUGAACCGUUUGUCUUCAUGGCCUCAGUUUAAGGAUUUGCCGUAUCAAAAUAUUACAUCAGGACUUCUUCAAGUGCUGCUCUAUGCUGUAAAAAAUGUGGAUAAAAAUGCUACUAAAGAAGUAGUCCGGAAACUGUUGGAUGAAAGUUUUGCUCCUGAAGAUUGGGUAUCAAAUGGUAAUGAUGAUGAUAAGAAGGAUGUGAAGAAUGCUGAUGAAACAAAUGAAGUUCAGACUGCAAAUCUCCCACCUGUAUUUGAGUCUGAGUCUGCAGUCCGGCUUCUGGAAGCAGCUCUCUUUGUUUCAAAGAAGAAGACAUACACUCAAAUAUAUGCCCGGUGUUUCAUCAACCGAUUGGGACAGCUCGCUACAAUGCCGAUGUUGAACUACACUGUACAGAGACUUGUGGAUAAUUGUGAGGUCAAGGAAGAGUUUGAACCAAUGUUUGAAGAGUUGAGCGACAAAUUGCCCGCUUUACUGGCGUGUGGAAAUACCGGGGUUCUGGUGGCUCUAGCCAAGGCAUGUCUGAGGCUCAAGGCAAAGCAAACACAGUACAUUAAUAACUUAGAAUCAGCACUGAAAUGCAGUGAACAAGAGAAACAGAAAUACUUCUCAGUGGCCUGCCUGCGACUCCUGCCGCUGGACCGAGUGGACCUCACCAGCCUAGACAAGGAAUACUUCAUCAAUGUCCAUGGUUCUGUCAUACUGCAGUGUAUAUUGGACUUUCAGCGUCCAGCUAAAGCAGUGAACGGUCUGCUGGAGCUGAAUCCGGAGCAGCUAGUGGUGAUACUGUGUGAUGCUAAGGGGUGUCACGUAGCUGAUGCUCUGUGUAAGGGCCAGUGUGUGGGUGUCAAGGCCAGGGAUAAACUGAUUUGGAGACUUAAGGGUUAUUACCAAAAGUUAGCACUUUCCCAGUAUGGUUCCCGCGCCCUGGAGCAAGUAUUCACAGUCGCCACCCUGGAGCAGAAACUGAAGAUCAUGGCCGAGCUCUCCGACAAGAGCAAUCUUCUAAACAGCACAAACUUUGGCAGACUCAUUGCAACUAAACUAGAUGUCGCUACCUACAAGCUGUCGCAGAAGAAGUGGGAGGAGAGUUGGAAGAAGAAAGAAUUAAUAAAUAAUUAA